AUGAUGGGCUGGUGGUCUAGCUCGGCCAACACGGCCCUGGACGAGCAGAUCGAGAAAGCAACCAGCAGCAGCUUGGAGGAUAUCGCUUUGAACCUCGAGAUCUCUGAUGUCAUCAGAUCCAAGACCGUCCAGCCGAAGGAGGCCAUGCGCUCUCUGAAAAGGCGCAUCGGCAACAAGAACCCAAACACCCAACUGAGCGCCCUCAAUCUUACCGAUACCUGCGUUAAGAAUGGAGGCACCCACUUCCUCGCCGAGAUUGCCUCCAGAGAAUUCAUGGACAAUCUGACAUCGCUGCUCCAAGCCGUUGGUCCCGCCGCCGUCAACCACGAAGUCAAGCAGAAGAUACUCGAGCUGAUACAGUCCUGGGCCAUCGCCACCGAAGGCCGCCACGAUUUGGGAUAUAUCGGAGAAGUUUACAAGACACUUCAGAGAGAAGGUCAUCAGUUUCCUCCCAGAGUGACCGUCUCCAGCAGCAUGAUCGACAGUAGCGCUCCCCCCGAGUGGGUUGAUUCAGAUGUCUGCAUGAGAUGCCGAACUCCCUUUACCUUCACGAACCGAAAGCAUCAUUGUCGAAACUGCGGCAACUGUUUCGACCAGCAGUGCUCGACCAAGUCGCUGCCGCUCCCCCAUCUGGGAAUUCUGCAGCCCGUCCGUGUUGAUGAUGGCUGCUACGCGAAACUCACCGACAAGUCUGUCAAAGGAGGCGGAACCUCCCCGCUGCCUCAGGACCGAUCUCCCACCUACCCAUACAAGACCCGAAGCACUUCUGCUAUGCAACCGCGCAAUGCACGCGUUGAUGACGCAUUUGACGAAGAUCUGAAGAAGGCUCUCGCCAUGAGUUUGGAGGAGGUCAAGAACUACUCCAAGGGCUAUGUCGCUCCUACUGCCAGCGGCCCCUCGGAUUUCAAGGUCAACGGCAGCUCAUCUGCGCCCACAAAUAACGCCGAGGAGGAGGACGAGGACCUCAAGGCUGCCAUCGCUGCUUCACUGGCCGAUAUGGAGGAGCAGAAGCAGAGGCAUGCCGCUGCGUUGAAGGAACAGACCUCGAGCUCUGGUCCCACGUCGACACAGCAGUUUUCUUUGCCCAAGAAUGACUACGAGCUUACGCCGGUUGAGGCGGAGAACAUCAACCUAUUCGCCACCCUCGUUGACCGUCUGCAAACACAGCCCCCUGGCACCAUUUUACGAGAGCCUCAAAUCCAAGAGCUCUAUGACAGCAUCGGUAGUUUGCGACCGAAGCUUGCUCGCACUUAUGGAGAGACGAUGAGCAAGCAUGAUACACUACUGGAUCUCCAUGCCAAGCUUUCCACUGUCGUUCGGUAUUACGACCGCAUGCUGGAGGAGCGUCUCUCGAAGGCGUAUAGCCAACACGCUAUCGGAGGAUACAAUCUCCCUCCCCCUCGUCAGCCCGUCAAUGCCUACCCUUCCCUUCAAGCGAGUGCCCCUGGUCCUGCCGAGAACUUUUAUACUGGUGACCAACGGAUGGACUACGGCCACGUACCGCCACCUCAGGCCUACCCUCAGCACCUGCAACAAACACCCCAGCCUCAAUAUGCAACCUUUGACAAGCGAGCAUCCCUUGCCGGACCCCCGGGAGGCCAGUACCCUCAGGAGCCCCAGCGGACAGACAGCUGGAGAAGCGGGGGCGCUCCUGUACCAGACGCGCAGUACGCGCCACAAGCACCAUACCCUAGCGAGCCAACGCCUCCAGCAAACCACCAAAACCAGCCGGCUCAGCCCGCUGGGACGCCUUCCGCCGACCCCAACUCUUCCUAUUACUUCAAUGCGCAGCAACCUAGUGCGCCCCCGUCUGCUCCGCCUUCCGCAGACCCAAAUCCCUCUCCUUACCCGAACCUUCAACAGUCGAUGCAGUAUAGACAGUCCAUGUCUCACCAGCAGACGCCCGUUCAAACGCCUGCCCAGCCCGCUCAGCCUACACAGCAGCAACACGCUCCACCCCAGCAACAGAGCUACUGGCAGCCGUCUGUACCGCAGCAAUCGGCCCAGCAGCCGCCGCCGCAGCCGCAGCAGCAGCAGCAGCAGCAGCAGCAACAACAACAACAAUGGCAAGGCCAGUACAAUGGCGGAUAUACCCAGGAGUCAUACCCGACUGCGCCGCAAAACGCCCCUAAACAGCCAGCAGUUGAGGAGAGUCUGAUUGAUCUUUGA